AGAUCUAAAACUUACAUCGAUUAUUUUUUGUCAACUAACAAAGUUUAUAGAUUGAUUGUAUUUCGAUUUUUGUUAUCUAAUCAACAAAGAGAUUAUUUUUCUCUAAAUUUCUUGUUUUUUUGUAGGGGAGGAUACAGUAGCUUAAGAACUGAGGAUCUAGUUUCUUAGGCUUGGCACUUUCAGCUGAAUUUUGAUUCGUUUCUGGACUCAUUAGUUUGGUAAUGAUUAGUUUUAGUUUCUUUGGUGGAUAUUUGUUGGAUUAGGUAACUACUAGACAGAGGGAUUAGCUACCAGAGAUUUGGGUUUUAGCUGAUUAGUGUUGGUUGGUUUUUGGAUUGGUAGUGAGGUUUUUACAAUAGCAUAGUAUUGGAUUAUUGUGGAGAUGGAUAGGCCUAGACAAAAUGAUCAUUUGGGUGUGAAUAAGAUUGGGAGAAAUAUCAGAAAGAGUCCUCUGCAUCAACCGACUUUCGCUGCCAAUGCUAGCAACGUUGCCGGGGCAAGGCCUCAGACACAGCCUCAGGUUUAUAACAUAAGCAAGAACGACUUUAGAAGUAUUGUUCAGCAGCUAACGGGUUCUCCAUCACGUGAAUGCCUUCCUCGGCCUCCUCAAAACAACCCGCCAAAGCCUCAGAAUACACGGUUGCAGCGGAUCAGACCAUCCCCCUUAACGCAGAUUAACCGGCCUGGGGUUCCUCUCCCUACCAUGGCUCCUCCACAAUCUCAUCCUCAGUUAUAUAGACAGCAUCCACCCCAACCGCCUUUCCCACAAAGCACACAACAACCAAUGAUGGGUCACAGGGACCAGUUUUGGUCUAAUACAGCUGAGUCUCCCGUCUCAGAGUAUAUGCGUUAUCUUCAAAGUUCACUUGGAGAUUCAGGACCCAAUGGUAACCAAAUGCAGCCAGGUCAUGAGCAGCGGCCCUAUAUCCCAGGUCAUGAGCAGCGGCCAUAUAUCCCAGGUCAUGAGCAUCGAUCAUAUAUGCCAGCUCAGUCUCAGCCUCAACCUCAACCUCAGCAACAUAUGAUGCCUGGAUCGCAACCUCGAAUGAAUAUGCAAGGCCCUCUUCAAUCUAACCAGUAUCUACCACCACCCGGGUUAGUUCCUAGCCCAGUGCCUCGUAAUCUUCCUUCCCCUCGGUUCAAUGCUCCUGUACCUGUCACGCCUACUCAGCCCUCUCCCAUGUUCAAUCAGAUGUAUGGUGGAUUUGCUUCUCCUCGAUAUAACGGUUUUGGACCACUGCAGUCACCUACAUCCCAAUUUCUUCUACCAUCUCCUACCGGUUACCCGAAUAUGUUCUCUCCGAGAUCACCUUACCCAUUGCUGUCACCAGGAGUUCAGUAUCCUCAACCACUUACCCCAAACUUCUCAUUUUCACAAAUUGCUCAACAAGGAAGUCAUGGACCCGGUGCAGGUGCAGGUGCAGGUCCAGGUCAAGGUCCUCCUCAGCCUCCUCCUUCGCCAGGGCUCAUGUUCCCGUUAUCUCCAUCUGGGUUCUUCCCCACCCCAAGUCCAAGAUGGAGUGAUUACUAGGUGCUCUCUUUUCUCUGUAUCCGAUUCAUUGAAUUAAGUAAAUCGCAGUAUGGUUAUUCAAGUCUCCUUAGGUUAGUCUGUACUUUGAAAGAAGCUUAAAACUUCAGAGCCUACAGUGGAAUAGACGCAGCAGAAUAGAUGCGUAAAACACUA